CAGGUGUUCCAAUCCCCUCCAUAUCAUGUGAUUCAGGUGUUCCAAUCCCCUCCAUAUCAUGUGAUUCAGGUGUUCCAAUCCCCUCCAUAUCAUGUGAUUCAGGUGUUCCAAUCCCCUCCAAAUCAUGUGAUUCAGGUGUUCCAAUCCCCUCCAAAUCAUGUGAUUCAGGUAUUCCAAUCCCAUCCAUAUCAUGUGAUUCAGGUGUUCCAAUCCCCUCCAUAUCAUGUGAUUCAGGUGUUCCAAUCCCCUCCAAAUCAUAGUCAAUAGCUAAAGACCUCCAAACUUGGUGUGGCCUUCAGAUGAGCCCAACAAUAGUGCGUAGAGAGCUCCAUGGAAUGGGUUUCCAUGGC